ACCAUCGGCUCAUGCCUCAACCACCACAACGGCCAUGGACAGCACUGAAGAGUCCCUCUGGCCAGACCGACGCUCUCCACUCCGCUGCGACCACCGAUUCAUUGCUUCCAACGCCCAUAGGCCAUCUUAACCGCCAUCGUUUGUCACCCCCGGCCCUACCAACACCAUGGACGAUCUCCGCGAGCAGGUGGAGCUGCUGGAGAAGAGCGCAAACCUCUCCGCCAGCAUAGAUCACGUGCAAAAGGCGAUUGAUAUGCUCACUGCAGCUCGUGCAAAGAUCGCAGCGGAUCCCACAACGGCGCCCUUGACACUCGCGAGACUCCAGGACCCCUUCAAGCAGUCUCUCGACACUGUACAGAAAGACCUCAAGCCCAUAUACUCGGGUCUGAAUAAAUACGGCAAGGCACUUGACAAGAAAUUCAAAGACAAGCCCCUCCCCUCUGCCGAAAAUGACGCCCUAUCGUCACAUCCCUCGCUCAUCAAUCGUGCCAUUGCCAUGCACCUCCUCCGCGAGGGUCAAUUCGACGUAGCCUCGACCUUUGUACAAGAAGCUACCCGCCAGCCGCCACGCCCAGAGCCUACGCCCAACACGCCAAACCCCCACAUACGUGAGUCGUGGGAAAGAGAUCUGGCAGAAGGUACCUUCAAUUCAGAAGAACUGCAGCAGAAGUUUGCAGAAAUGUACCAUAUACUACACGAGCUGCGCGUUCAAAAGAAUCUACAGCCAGCCAUACAAUGGGCCCGCCAACGCAGCGCCGAACUCGAGGGCCGGGGCAGUAAUCUCGAAUUCGAGCUCUGUCGCCUCCAAUACAUCUGUCUCUUCGACAGCCAUAACCAACACAGCGACGCCAUGGAUACAGAAAUCCCCAAAGGUCCCCUCGACGCCUGGGCCUACGCACACCGCGAGUUCCCCCCAUUCCACAAACGCUACGCCCGGGAAAUCCAGCAACUCCUCGGCGCAACGGCCUUCUGGCCAAACAUUCAAGACUCGCCCUACCGCCGCCUCUUCUACAACGACUCCGCCUGGGAAGAAGUCGCCCACUCCUUCAACCGCGAAUUCUGCUCUCUCCUCGGCCUCAGCGCCGACUCGCCCCUUUUCAUCGCCGCUACCGCCGGCGCCAUCGCCCUCCCUUAUCUCCUCAAAAUGCAGUCCAUCAUGAAGGAGAAACGCACAGAGUGGACGACUCAGGACGAAUUACCUGUCGAGAUUCCGCUGCCAAGCCAGUACCAUUUCCAUAGCAUUUUCGUAUGUCCGGUUUCAAAGGAACAGUCGACAGAUACGAAUCCGCCCAUGAUGAUGCCGUGUGGCCAUGUUAUUGCGCAGGAGUCGCUGGAUAAACUCAGUAAGGGAUCUAGAUUCAAGUGUCCGUAUUGCCCGAAUGAGAGUCAUCCUAGGGAAGCGAGGAAGGUCGUACUAUAGAAUGGGCAUGGCGACAAGUAUCCCACAAUUCCUUCGUGAGGGAUGGGAUAGUUGGCGUUUUGGUGUCUUCGGGUUGGAUAGGGUUGUUUUAUGGCUUUGAUGGAUUUCGACCGUCGCUGCUCGACCAUGUCAAGCGUAUGAAUACCACUUAUCUUUGUUCGUCACGGAUGAAUUUGAUUCGUUUUA